CGCGGUCCAAAAAAUAACCAAUAAAAUGCCCUUCCCCUUCCAUUAGGGUUUCGCAGCCAUUUGUUGAUUUCUUUUUCUUCACUGCUUCAGCCUUCAAGCUCUCAUCAUGCAUGUCCUGGCUGCUUGAUUAGGGUUAUCUUCAAUUUGAACAUAAUUGAACACACUGUAAUCACCAUUUGUGUCCGUGGUUAGGUUUUUCUUCUCACGUGAGAAUGCCCGCCACUGAUUAUCAGGGAUCAUCAGCGUCUUUUGGCCGUUCGAUUUUAAGCUUCCGCCGUGAUCAGGUUCAUUCCAUGGAAGCCACGCAUGAGGCCUCCAGUCACGAGCUGGAGCUCGAAGCUUUUCAAAGGAAGGUCGCUGACCGGUUCCUGGAUCUGUCUUCGGCCGGGCCGGAUGAUUUGCUUUCGCUAUCGUGGAUCCGGAAGCUGCUCGACUCCUUCAUUUCUUGUCAGGAGGAGUUUAGAGUUAUUCUGUUUAAUAACAGAUCGCAUGUUUAUAAGGCGCCUUUGGAUCGGUGGAUCCACGAGUUUUUUGAGCGGAGUGUGAAGGCUUUGGAUCUUUGUAAUGCGAUUCGAGAUGGGAUUGAACAGAUCAGAGAGUGGAAGAAGCUAAUUGAGAUUGUUCUCUGCGCUUUGGACAAUCAGAGAAUGCUUGGGGAAGGACAGUUCCGUCGUGCCAAAAAGGCUUUGGUUGAUUUGGCCAUUUCAAUGCUCGACGAGAGGGAUUCUACUGCAGCUCUGGCUCACCGGAACCGCUCCUUUGGCCGCCAAAAUGCUGCUUCGUCUAGAGACCAGCAUCAUCGGAAUUUUGGCCAUUUUAGAUCGUUGUCGUGGAGCGUGUCGCGGUCGUGGUCCGCCGCCAGGCAGCUCCAGGCCAUUGGGAAUAAUUUAGCGGCGCCCAAAGCCAGUGAAAUUGUCGCUACUAAUGGAAUUGCGGUGGCUGUUUAUACCAUGAACACAAUUUUGCUGUUUGUAAUGUGGGCUCUGGUGGCAGCGAUACCUUGUCAAGACAGGGGGUUGCAAGUGCAUUUCUCGAUUCCUAGACAAUUUCCCUGGGCUGCGGCGGUACUUUCGUUGCACGACAGGGUUCUCGAGGAGUCAAGAAGGCGGGAUAGGAGGAAUGCUUCCGGGUUGUUAAGAGAGAUUUAUCAGAUGGACAAGUGUACUAAAGCGUUGGCUGAAUUGGCUGAUUCUGUUCAGUUCCCUUUGACAGAGGAAAAAGAGGCAGAGGUGAGGCUAAGAGUGCAAGAGUUGGGAAAGGUCUGUGAGGUGAUGAAGGAGGGGUUGGACCCAUUGGAGAGACAAGUUAGAGAUGUGUUUCACAGGAUUGUUCAUAGCCGGACUGAAGGGCUCGACUCUCUGGGUAGAGUGAACCACAACGAUUGAUAUCAUUGCUUGUAAGGAUGGCAUGAUUUUGGGUGCUAAACAAGAGACACACAGAGGAUGAUUUAAGGCAUGCUUUAAGGCAUGCUUUCAAAAUAAAAGGGUAAUUGGCUAAAUCAUUUAUGCAGCUGCUUCUUUCUGAACCGUGGGAGGAUUACUUAACUGGGGAAUGCUCCGUCCAUAAACUGGCCUUGAUUUGGAAUUUCUCCAUGCAUUAUUGCAAUGCUGGCUCUUACCUAUUACAUUCAAAGCUCCAGCUUUCCCUAAGUAGGGAAGUUCAUUUGACUUUGAUUUGCUGGCAUAUGAAUGAAGGUCAUCUCAGUCUCAUCAUAUUUAUUUCUUUAUUUAAAUACUUAAAAAAAGGGUCCAAUUUCUGAGUAUGAUAUCUUUGAGCUGUAUUCUAUAACAUCUCUGUUGACUUUUAUUCAGUCUCUUUUAAUGUCCCUCAGUUGCAUUUAGAAAAGAAUUUCUGUAGUUAUUGCAUCUAGAAUAGAAUUUCUAUUUGUGAUGGGAUACAUUUUUUUUUAUUACUUUUUCAAGCUUCCUUUUCUUGACAAGGACAUAGUAUACUUCAAAUGCCAUUGAAUCUUAUUCUGUGAGGAAAAGAUCACAUCGACCAAGUCCUCUGGGAUUAUCCGCAUGCUUUAUUUUGUGUGAAAUGUAUGCCUGAAGCAACAUUCUGCUGUUUAACCCAGCUUGUAGGAUGUUAACUUCAUGGAUCUCCAUCAAAUGAUAAUUCUUGACUGUCUAGAAGCAUAGCCACAUGGAACCAUUGAAAAUUUUUUAGCAUUGAAUGGAUUUUUGCUUUUAUCACAUUGGAGAAAACAUUAUUGAGGUAGUUAGAAUUUUGGAUUGAGAUUUCCUUUCAAUAGCUGCAAUCUAAAAUCUAUUUGGUUUUUGACUUGUCUAGUAGUAAUAUGCUUGACUAACUUGACCGCAAAUUUGUGAUGCUUUGCUUCAAUUUAUGGUUUACAAAGCUUCCAUCAUACAUUUCUCUACCAUGAUUACUCCUUAGCCCCCUUUUCUUUUUGUCUAUUGUGAUCUAUAGUCACCCUUUACUUUGGCAUUAUUCUUCUUCAUCCUUGUCCAAUAUGUGCUUCCCUUUUCAAAAGAAAAAUUGAUCUUCUUUCCUACUGAAAUAGUGGAAGCAAAUGCACUUGACAAGCGGGUUGGGUGCUAUCAUUACAAGGGAGGAAAUGCUUUGUUGAAUAUCUGUGCAUAUGGCUUGUCCUUCAUGUUUUUCGUUUUUUGUUGUUGAAGCAACCUAUAAAAGUUAGGAGUGCACUGUGAUGCUCUUGGCACAUCUGAAGAUUUUGUGUAGAAAUUUGUUUUGUUAAAUUUACAGGAUUGUGCCAGGUUUAUUCCAGACAAAACUGUUGCCAUAUUUAUUUUACCUUUUCUGUGGAUAAUGUAAGUAAUAAUAGAUUCCCACUGGGUCAUGGAAGUAACUUUAAAUUUUUAUUGGUUCACAAGGUUUUCUCUGUUGCUGUCUAACAUGCAGCAAAAUGUUACUGAUUCAUAGAAUUCAUAGCUGAA